AUGGCCAUCGAUACGCGGACGGACCAGAUCAGAGAGUGGAGGUCAAUUGUGACGUUGAUAGUCUUCUUCCUUGCGAACAUCGUCGUACUGUUCCCCUUCCACAUCCCAGUCUACAUUCCUGUGCGACUUUGGAAUGGGGUGUUGAAGGUGCUUCGCAACUUGCGGGUGAUACCGCGCGAGGACGACACUCACGAUGGCUUCAAGGAGGACCGCCUUGGGGGUAUGUCCACUCGACGCAAGCGAUUUAAGCGGUUUGACUUCCCGAUGAACUCAAUCACUGCACCGUUGAUCGCCGAUCUGUUCCUUCUGGCCAUCUUGGCAAUUGGCAGAGAGGAAGUUUACGACGGGACGAUUGGCCAAAACGGCAUUCACCCUCUCGACAUCAUGGUCUUCUUUCUGACUCUGGCGUAUAUUGCUAUCUCGAUUGACGCUUCGGGUCUUAUCCGUUACUUGGCACUCAGGGUGCUUCAAUGGGGAGGCAAGGUCGGCUACCGCUUAUUCUUCUACCUCUACGCCUUCUUCUUCUGUCUGGGCACCUUCAUCGGCAACGACCCCAUCAUCCUGUCCGGCACGGCGUUCCUCGCCUACAUGACCCGAAUCUCGAAUAACAUCAAGUACCCGAGAGCGUGGAUCUUCACCCAAUUCUCCAUAGCCAAUAUUGCCUCGGCCAUUCUCGUCUCGUCUAACCCGACCAACCUUGUGCUUGCAGGUGCUUUCGACAUCAAGUUCGUAGAGUACACGGCCAAUAUGGUUGUGCCAGUCGUCGUCACAGCAGUCGUCUUGUUCCCGUUCCUUCUCUACAUCAUCUUUGCAGAUAAGAAGCUCAUCCCCGAGUCCAUUGAGAUGUUCCAACCACCAGAGGAGGCCAUGCAAUCGAAACCCGUCAAUCCUAACAUUCCGAACCCCAGAGGAGCCGCGAAUCAUGCCGAUCAAGCGCCCGAGAGCAGUCCGCAAGCCCAGUUGCUCUCGGCCAUUGAGAUUUUGAAUCCCUGGCUUGACAAGGGAGGAGCCGCCUUUGGCGCUGUCGUCAUGUCGGUGACACUCAUUACGGUCCUUGCUCUCAAUGCAGCAAAUGUCAAACCGAAGGACGACCAGCAUCUGCAAGUCUUCUGGGUCACCUUACCAGCUGCUUUCAUCAUGCUCUGCUGGGACCUGGCAUUUGGCUGGUAUCACAGGGAAGAAACUCGUACGAUAGCCCAACAGGGACGAGAUGGACAGGAUGAGGAGCUUCCCAGGGCAGACCAGGGCAGCAGGGAGAAAGAUGCGUUGGGUAUACUGAACCAAGAAGACACGGGCUUGGCCCAAGGCACGACAGAGAUGUCGCCGAUAUCACACGCAACCAGACCCGAGAUUCACGUUCAAGAUACCGAUCUGCUUGACGAUAAAAUAGGCCUUGGAAUUACGAAGGAGGAGGUUUCGCCCAUUAGCAACGAUACCAGCACGAAUGCAUCAGAACGGAACACCAAUGAUACCGACUUUAUGAUCACCCCAGCGAUCCAGGCACCAGGAAACAGUGACAAGGUAACCGGCAAUGCGGGAACGCAGCUCAUAUCCUCACAGUCUACAGCUGUCGAUAGGACAGAACAUGUUGAUGUAAGUAGAACGCCCAGCGAGGGUUCUACGGAGAGCAGGAGACGAACUUUGCCAGCUGCAGCCAGUGAGCCUGGCGAAGCACAAACGCAGCCAGACGGAAUUACGGAUGUCGAAAAGGCAGUCAUUGGAAGACAACGCGGUCGAAGCUCAAGUUUCCGCUCCAAAAAGCAACCAGCGACACUGGUAUCACGCUUCAAGGAUGGGUACCGUUGGUCACAAGAGACGUUCCCCACGGUGAUGGCGGUGCUAGCUCAUCUACCCUUCGCCCUCGUGCCAUUUGCCUUUGCCAUGUUCGUCCUCGUGCAAGCUCUCGUUACCAAGGGCUGGGUGCCGGUGUUUGCGUACGGAUGGGAUCACUGGGUUGAAAAGACGGGUACCAUUGGUGCCAUUGGCGGCAUGGGGUUCCUCUCGGUCAUCCUCUGCAACUUUGCGGGAACCAACAUUGGCACGACCAUCCUGCUCUCCCGAGUAAUCCAAGCGUGGCAGCAGAUCCACCGAGAGAACGGCGUGCCCAUCAGCGAGCGCACCUUCUGGGCGACGGUCUACAGUAUGGCUCUUGGCGUCAACUACGGCGCCUUCAGCACGGCCUUUAGCGCAUCGUUGGCCGGUCUGCUGUGGAGGGACAUUCUGGAGAGGAAGCACAUUUUCGUCAGCAGGAGAGACUUUGCGAGGGAAAACAUACCCAUCAUCGCCAUCGCCAUGACGGUCGGUUGCACGGUUCUGGUUGGGGAGAUUUACAUCACGCGAACGAACAAGCCGUAUCCACUGUGA